UGUCCGGCGCCAUUCCCCCUUCUCAGUUGAUCGACAAGCCCCUCCCAGCGAAGGGAGAAGUCAAGAGACAUUGAAGCAACCUUAUCCCUAGGACUUUGCCAGAUACCUUCAAGUACGAACGUUAGCUAUACAGUAGUGCUGCAUUUUUCUAUCAUGAUCUCCUAUCUUGUAGUUGCUUUCCAUAUUGUUUGUGGCUUUUCGAUGUUGGCAACUAGUCAGCCACCAAAGAACCAACAUCUGGCUAGUCUUCCAAGGCAUUGGACGUGGGAGACAGAGUGCGACUCGAGUCGAGAUUGUGGUUUAGCUCCAAGUUGGUUCAUUGCGAAAGCAGAUAUUUACAUUUUUCUGUCUCAACACUGCGCCAUUCCAGUCUCCCCUCCUACAGCCAGAAGAUCCGACAACCAGAAGAUCCCACAGCCAGAAAAUCAUUCGCCCACAAAGACCCUACAGCAACAAGAUGUCGAGCACAGCAAGCUCGACAAAUCUGAACGAGCUCCGAGCUUCCACCACCCCAUUGUCCGAGCAUCAGUCAGCGUGUGCCUCCAAAGAGGGCGAGCCUGUUGGAGAGAUGGCAAAGUCGGCACCCGGAGAAGUUCACAUGGCGCAAUCUCACCGAGCUUGGAACUCUGGCUAUUCGGGCACUUGGACUGACUGGCUCCUGGAAGACGACGACGACCUUGCUGCCUGGUGUGUGGUCAUGUAAGGGAGGGCUCUGUUUUGCAGCAGUCAAUCGACACCGAGAUGGAUAGCACAACAACCUAUGUGGGCGGUACUUUCUUCAUUCCUCUGGAAUUGGUCACCA